AUGCUGCCGGGCCGAAUCCAGCCGCCACAAGAUGUGGAGAAGAUGACCGAAACCAACUGGAGCAACUUUAUGCAAAUCCCGCAAAACGCGAUCAACCGCGACAACGUGCUCACCUACUUUUGCGACCCGAAGAACCCCUUCUACGACAACCAAUCCGACAACGAGCAACUCCGCAUGCAGCGCCAAAGCAUCAUGCCAAAUGGGAUAGUUUUCAUCGAAGAAAUGCUUCCACAGCUCAAGUGCGUUGCUGUUUUUAAGGAGGCAUUUUUGUUUUUGUUUAUGCUGUGGGGAUAAGACUUCUUUUCGGAGAAUUUCAAGCCGCUCGGAGGACUUAUCAGGUUUUCGUGCCGGGACCCAAAAUUUUGAAAAACCUUGGAUUUUAGUGGGAAAUGUGGCAAAGUUGUUCUAAAUUGAUUGUCUAACAUGUUAUAACGCUAAAAAAUUUUUACUAUGUUUUUUGGCCAAGUGUAAAAUUAAAAUUUUUAAAAAUUUCAAAUAUUUUUAGUCGAAUGAAUGGUAUCCAAUAUGUUGUCCAUGAAGGCCAAGCUCCGUUAUUUGUGAUCCGAAAACAACGCAGAACCAGUGCAGCGCAAUGUAAGAUAUUUUAAGCCAAUUUUGGAAACAAAAUUUGACAAUGUUGCGAAGUGUCACAAAAUUUAUUGGAAAUUUUCCAGUAAGGUCUUGUGGCAUUUCGUCCCAUGAAAAUUGUGGCUUGUGUUGUUUUAUGACUGGAGAUUCAUUUUCAGACCAGCCAAUCGCCUUUUACUACGUUUUGAACGGCAUUGUCUACCAGGCUCCCUCAAUAUACCACAUCACACAAAGCCGCAUCGUGGGCGCCAUGGAACCCCUGAAACGAGCCUUCACCGAAACCCUGAGCUAUUUGCGCUUCAAUGUGAACAAGGGCUACUACUGGGAGUUCAAGGACGGCCAGAAGCGGCCGGGCAGCAAAGAAGGCGGACCUCAGGAGAUCCCCCAAAACGAGCCGCCGAAUGCCCUGAAAAAGGAGGACGAACCCUGGACCACGAGGGCCACACCGUACCAACACAACCGCACAGAGAUGUUGUUGGCGUAUUUGAGGGAGGAAUUCAGCGGGGAAAAGGUAAUUUUGAGAUUUUUUGAGGGCUAGGUGGGUAGUACAAUAUAAAUUGGGAAGUUAACUUAAAUCUUGGAGAAUAAUUGGUCUAGUUUUUUGAAUUUAGGGCCUUUAUGAGCUCGAAAAAUGAAUAUUAGGUAUUUCGGAGGUAAUUUCUGAUUUUGAAAGUUUUCGUGGCGGGACCCAAGAUUCAAAAAAUUUUGUUCGAAUUUGAUCCAACAAAAGAAAAAAUAUGGAAGGAAUAGGUUCUGAAAAUCGCUAGAAAAAUUUUUUAUGCCAUAUUUUUUUAUUUGGGACCGACUUUUAUAUGAAUCUUGAUAGCUGAUGACUAAAAGUUUGAAGUCGAAAAACUUAGUUUUUGUAUGCCAAAUACGGUGUAAAACUUUAUGAAAACUCAUAGAAAAGUAUACUCUGAAGUUUUUGACAAGAUUCGGCAAGAUCCGGAAAGGUGUCAUUUUAUACGAUGAAAGUUUUUUUGGAUUUUUUUUUGGAAUAUCCAAUUUUUUCAGUAAAAUUUCAAUUUUUAUGUUCUUUCAGCCAAAACCCUCGGGAACUCGACCCAAUUCGGCCGCUGCAACCCCCUCAAUAGGCGCUGCAACUCCUCAAAAUUCGGAAGCCACGUUUUUGGCCCCCACAGCGCCGGGCCAAGCCUCGAGUGCAGCCCAUUCCAUCCCAAGCGCCCAUGCCAAUAUUGGCCUAGACCUGCCCGGAGUCCUGCCGAUGAGCAAUUCAGCCGCGGCGCAUUUCAUUGCGGCCGCAACGUCGAAAAACGACCAAAAAAUGGAACAAAUGGACACAAGUUGA